GGUUACAGGCCGGUCCCGGUGUGGCGGGCGCUGCCCGCCCCUCACAGCCCGCCCGUGGUGUCGCCGCCCCGCGGCUCAGGGCUCCGGGAGAGCGGUGCGAUAUUGCGGCCCCGCCCGCUCCAGGGCCGGUUUAGUUGGGAUACUGAGGGCAAAUCCUCCCCGAAAGGUUGUCCAGCCCUGGCACCGCUGUCCGGGGCAGCGGCAGGUCCCGUCCCGGUGGAUGUGACGCUCGGGACACGGCCCGUGGUGGCCUCGGCGGUGCCGGGAGCGCCCGGGCUCGGGGGAUUCUCCCGGCUCAGCCCGAUCCAAGCCCGCUCGGGGCAAUGGGGGAACCGCGGCUGAGCCGGGCCCCGCUGAGCCGAGCUCAGCCAAACCCUCCGAGCCGUGCUGAGCUGAGCCCAGCCGAGCCAAACCCCGCUGAGCUGAACUAAACCAGGCCCAGCCAUGGCCAGUCCGGCUGAAGUGAUGCGAGCCGAGCUGUGCUGAGCUGAGCCCAACCCAGCCCAGCUGAGCCGUGCCAUGCCGAGCUGAGCUGUGCCAAGGCAGCCGAGCCGAGCUGUGCCAGGCUGAGCCCCGCCGAGCCGAGCGGGUGCGGGCGGGCCGGCGGUUCCUGCGGAGCUGUCCAGCUUUUCCAGCCUCUCCAGCCCUUCCAGCCGCUCCAUCCCGCAUCCCGAGCCCGCCAUGCGGGAGCGAUGAGCGCAGCCGCCGCCCGGCCAUGGAGGAGGAUUUGUUCCAGCUGAAGCAGCUGCCGGUGGUGAAGUUCCGCCGCACGGGGGAGAGCUCGAGGUCGGACGAGGAUGGGAUUUCGGGAGAGCACGAGGUGCAGAUCGAGGGGGUGAGGACGGAGCUGGAGCCCGUGGAGCUGGAGGAUGGAGCCGCAGUGCCCAAGGAAUUCGCCAACCCCACGGACGAUACUUUCAUGGUGGAAGAUGCGGUGGAAGCCAUUGGAUUUGGGAAGUUCCAGUGGAAGCUCUCUGUCAUUACUGGAUUGGCCUGGAUGGCAGAUGCCAUGGAAAUGAUGAUUUUAAGCAUCCUUGCUCCUCAGCUGCACUGUGAGUGGCGCUUGCCCAGCUGGAAGGUUGCAUUGCUCACCUCGGUGGUGUUUGUGGGAAUGAUGUCCAGCUCCACGCUCUGGGGAAACAUUUCAGACCAGUAUGGCAGGAAAACAGGCCUAAAGAUCAGCGUGUUGUGGACACUCUACUAUGGGAUCCUCAGUGGAUUUGCUCCCAUUUACAGCUGGAUCCUGGUGCUGAGGGGCCUGGUGGGCUUUGGGAUUGGAGGAGUGCCUCAGUCGGUAACUUUAUACGCUGAGUUCCUUCCGAUGAAAGCCAGAGCAAAAUGCAUUUUAUUGAUAGAGGUGUUCUGGGCCCUUGGGACUGUGUUUGAAGUGCUCCUGGCAGUGGUGGUGAUGCCCACGCUCGGCUGGCGCUGGCUCCUCAUCCUCUCUGCCCUCCCUCUCCUGCUCUUUGCUGGCCUGUGUUUUUGGCUGCCAGAAAGUGCCAGGUACGAUGUGUUGUCUGGGAACCAGGAGAAAGCUCUGGCCACUUUGAAGAGGAUUGCCACGGAAAAUGGAGCUCCCAUGCCCUUGGGAAAACUGGUGGUUUCCAGGCAGGAGGACCGAGGCAAAAUGAGGGAUCUCUUCACCCCCCAUUUCCGCUGGACCACGUUGCUGCUCUGGUUUAUUUGGUUUUCCAACGCUUUUUCAUAUUAUGGGUUGGUUCUAUUAACUACAGAGCUCUUCCAAGCAGGAGAUGUUUGCAGCAUAUCCAGCAGAAGGCAGGAGGUAAAAGCCAAGUGCAGCCUGACCUGUGAGUACCUGACAGAAGAGGAUUACACCGACCUGCUCUGGACAACCCUGUCAGAAUUCCCUGGUGUGUUGGUGACCCUGUGGAUCAUCGACCGCAUCGGCCGCAAGAAAACCAUGGCCCUGUCCUUCCUUGUCUUCUCCUUUUGCAGCCUCCUGCUCUUUCUCUGCGUUGGAAGAAAUGUGCUGACUGUGCUGCUCUUCAUUGCGAGAGCUUUUAUUUCGGGAGGAUUUCAGGCUGCCUAUGUUUACACUCCUGAGGUUUAUCCCACAGCCACACGUGCUUUGGGCCUGGGAACGUGCAGUGGAAUGGCCAGAGUGGGAGCCCUCAUCACCCCGUUCAUUGCACAGGUGAUGUUGGAAUCUUCAGUCUAUCUGACUGUGCUGGUUUACAGUGGCUGCUGCCUGCUGGCUGCCCUGGCCUCCUGCUUCCUGCCCAUCGAGACCAAGGGCCGUGGCCUCCAGGAGUCCAGCCACAAGGAAUGGGGCCAGGAGAUGGUGGGCAGAGCAUCUCAUUCCCCAGCGGAAUCGCAGGAAUGAUGGGACAUGGAAACCUGCUGGAAGAACGAAGGAUAGGGAGCAGGAUGCCUCACAAAACCUCCGAGCCUGAAGCAUGGAAAGCUGACCACCAUCACUGCCAACGUCACGUGUCGAACUGCAGGAGUCUGGGGUUGAACCUCAGCAAAUUGUGUUUCUGCUGCUCUUUGCUCACACUCAUAAAAACUUUCUGGAUGGAGAGGCCUUUGAUCCAGAUAUCCUUGGAAGUUUAGCAGGAGGUGUUUCUCUUCAGUCUGUCGUGCUUGCAUGGUCAGCUCUUCAGCUUAAAGUGUCCCGUGCCAAGCAAAUGCCAAGUGACUGCAUAAGCUGUCGUUAAAACACUGAGCUCUUGAUGCCCAAAACCAAGAAGUUCAUCUUCAAUGUGGCCCUGGCCUGGCACAGGGUGGAUUCCACCCCCUACACUAUGGAUUAAAUGCCUGCCUUGCACUUUUAGCCAUCAAAACCACCACCAAAACGUGGUUCCGGCAAACCAACCCGGGCUUUGCCGUUGGGUUCUGUUCCUGGAGAGUGGUUUGCUUGGAAACUCCUUCCUGACUGUUUCUCCCAUCCCAGGUGGGUAGUUGGAGCAGGGAGGGUGGUGUGUGCUGCAGAGCUGGCACCUUGUAGCAGAAAUGUAAAUCACAAAGUCACUGAGGUUGGAAAAGACCUCCAAGCUCAUCAAGUCCAAUGUGUAAAUCCUCACGUUUUGGAGCAGAAUUGGACUUCAUUGCCAAGGACCUUGAGCCCUCUGUCUGUUGCUUUGGAGUGGGGAGGUUCUCUCUCCUGGGGCUCUCUGUGUGGAUCCAGGUGUCCCUGCUCUGUUUCCUGGGCACAUCCUCACGGUGGAGAAGCCCCAAGAGGAGUCGAGAGCGCUGCUGUUGGGAUGGAGCCACUCCCUGGCAGCUGGGCAGGACCUUUCCUGCUGAUUGUGCGUUGACUGGUGACAAAGGAAUGUAGCUGGAAUAAAUGAACAAAACCAUGGGAAGAGCCCACCUGCUGUGACCUUGGAUGAGGGAAGUCCCUCCUUCAGGUGUGGCUCCUCGAGGGAUGAUCCUGCUCUUGUCAGGGAAUGUAACAGAGCUCAGGUGAGGACAGGCUCAAGGUCUGGUUUGUCACAGACCUGUCCCUGGGCACAGCUCAGGUGGCAGAGGCUGUGGGAAUGUGUAAGGAUCUGAGAUGGGCCUCCUCCAGGUCUCAGUGGAUUUUCAGGAUUCCAGACCUUGGGACACACAACCAAAAGUGGGUGAGAUGGACUUGGUGAGGCUGUGGAGGCAGUGGGGAUUUAUGGUCUGUCUGAGCAGGUGUCUCACCUGAACACAGGUAAAUGCGCAGCACAUUUUCACAGCUGGACAUAUGAAGUGUUCUGGGAAGCAGGUCCCAUUCCUGGGGUCAGGAAUAGGUGUCCAAGUCCAUGUUUGGUGCAGAACAAGUGGGCACUGUGGGGCACGGCUGUCACUGAGGGUCACAGCUUGGGGGUCACUGCCACGCUCCAGCACGUGCCAGGCUGCUCCUUUGGAGACUGAGGGGGAAACAGGAGUGGAUAAUUCCUUAAAGAAAGCCAGGAAACUCAGGCUGGUGGAAAAGGCCAAGGAGGUUGUUGCAAUUGUGUGAGGGGGGCUGUUCGGCUCAGGCACUGAGUGUCCGUCCAGUCCCACUGGAGGAUGGUGACUCAGUGAGGGAUUCCAGGAACGGUUGGUGGAAAAUAUGGUUUUUCCCAGCAAGAUGGAAAUGAAUUCAGCCCCCAAGGGAUCCCUGGGAUCCCUGGGCUCAGCUGUGAUGGCACAGAACCCUCUGUCCAUUCCAGCUGGGUUGGUUCCCUUUGUGUCCCCUGUCCCUGUGUCUCAUGCUCCACCAGGAUCAAGCUCCAGCUGAUCCCAGUAAACAGACAAGGCUCUCGUGGCACUGACAGCGACCACAGCUCAUUUGUUCACCUCCUUCUGCCAGGCCCCUGUGUGCCUGGGGCAGCCUGGAGCAGAGACAAGGGGCCUUGUUCCAUAGAAUACCAGAAUUCCAAAGUGAUUUGGGUUGGGAGGGACCUUAAAGCUCAUCCAGUCCCAGCCCUGCCAUGGUCUACUUUCCACUGGACCAGGUGGCUCCAAGCCCCAUCCAAACCUGACCUUGAGCACUUCCAGGGCUGGGGAGCCUCUCUGCUUCCACUUGGGCUGGUCUCUGUUGUGCUGGAUAUGGGACACAGCAGUGAGGAAGCAGAUCCUGGAUGGGUUCAAUCAGAUAUGACCCCGUGUGUGAGCUGGAGAACCUGCUGGGCUGGGAUUUGCUGGAGCUGGGAUCUACUGGAGCUGGGUUUGUCCUUGCACAGUCGGGCUGUUCACCCCUCAGUGCCAGCUCUGACAUUCCAUCCUCUUCCUCCUGCUGAUCCAGUCCCCCAGGUGCUUCCUUGGGCUUGCCAUGAGCUGUGUUUGCAUCCCAAAACUCUGGAACUGAGCCUGGGUAGAGGUGACAGAGAAUCCAAAGUGCAGGACAGGCCUGGCCUCCAUGGCCCAGUUUGUUACUCAAUGCCUUGAGUUAAAAUUCUGCUUUCCCAGGGUUAAUGUUCACAUCUCACUUCAUUUUUUUAGGUGAAUAUUCAGCAGAUUUAAAGACUUGCAUUCAACGGCCUGUAGAGAGUUUUUAGGUGAAGCUUAUCUGUUCAUGCACGCCUGGAUCCUACAGAUAAGCUACUUCCCAGGUAAAGAUUUCUAGGGAAUGCAACAUUUUCCACGCUGUUGAAUAGAUCAGUUUUAACCUGUGACAUUUACAGUGUUAACCAAAACACGGAAGGCGUUUUUUGCUUUUCACUUUUUAAUAAUUCUGCACUAAAAAAAAAAAAAAAAAUCUAUUUAAUGAUACAAAUACCGAGAUUGGUGUUGCUGGGUCUUUGAUUUUGUUCAAGCUUGAUCCAAAGCUCACUGAAAUCUGGGAAGAUUUCCUUUGGAUAUCGAUGGGCUUUGGAUCAGCUGGAUGAAAGGGAGAGGUAGGAGCCCACCACAGCUGAUCCCACCUGGCUGAAUCCAGCAGGAGAAACAGAGCUGGAAUUCAGGAUUUGCAGGAAUUUGCAUAUAAUUAAUAAGAGAAGACCAUUUUAGCUUGUUCACUCAGAACACUGGGGCUGACACACACCGGUUAUAGGUCACCACCAAUAGAUUUUAUCAGUAGGGCAGCACCUUUGAGGUACAAAACAAACUUCCAAAGAAUCCUUUUCCCCACACUGAGGAAUUUUCACUGCUAAAGGAAUUACUGCGACUGCUUCGUUUCAAACCAGGAAGUGAGAUCCUUUAGAAUUUCAAACAGAAUUUUGGGAUUCAGUUUUGCCAAGUGUCUGAGAUAUCAACAUGCCAAGCUGGCGUGGGAAUGUAAUUCCCCAAGUGUGCUUGGAUGGAAUGAUUUGUUAUUCCCAAAUACAUGGCAGAAGAGCAGAGAAUGUUUCCGUGUCUGAAUGUACAGUUUCUAAGCUGGAUUUACAUUUUAAUGUCGAAAAAUUUUGGUGUAUCUCAAGCUUGUUGUAAAAUACUCCUCUGGUUCCUGUUCCCAACACAGCAUUGGAGAGCUGAAGUCCACAUUAGAUAUUUUAUGUUAAACAAAUAAAUAGUUUUUUCAGG